AACAGACUUUGUUUGUUUUGCAGCGCAGUCUUGAAAUGUGCACGACCUAGUGUUCAGUCCCACAUAGCUUUGAAUGCUUAAUUAGUUGUAGUUUGCAAGUGUUAACUCAUUUGUUUGAUUUGAUUCUAUAUUUGUUUAUUUUUGGGGGGAUUUCAUUUGUUCAAUAUUUCAGUAACGGUUAACGGUUAUAAUUUGUGGGGAAUAUCUAACGUGCUUUAACGAUUUGCUUGUCGAGUUUGGAAAGGCAGGCGCGUUGGGCGUGCAAGCAACUAGCAAGCAAUAAACAAGCACGCGGUCAGCAGCUACCUUGCAACGAAAGCAAUGGCGACCGAAGUUGAGACAUGGACUGGCGCUGCACAGCACGAUGGUGUGUUUUCCUUCGAUCAGGAGCGGGCUGGGGAGGACGGCUCCUUUGGGGAUGAGGACCUGCUGAGCGAGACGGAGGUGAAUGGGAACUGGACCCCACAGGAGAAGGCCCUGCAUGAGGCUAAGCUCAAGGCCAAGGCCAAGCGCCGCCUGCGCAAGUCUUCUUCCCGGGACUCCACCCGCGAGUCGCUCUCGGAGUCCGCCAGCGGAGAGCUGGGAGCCGACCCCCACAGCCCCAAGGGCAAGAUCAACGUCAACGACCGCAAGUCCAGAACGGGCAAAGGACGUGGGCUGCCUAAGAAAGGUGGCGCUGGAGGAAAGGGGGUUUGGGGAGCUGCAGGCAUGGUCUAUGAGAUGGAGGAGCCAGAUGCCAAGGACCCCAACUACGAUGAUGUUGCACAGGGAGACACGAUAUACGCCACUGUGGUGCCGGAGCUGGACGAGAAAGAACUGGUGAAAAUGGUCAACCCCAUCGUGAAGGAGUACUUUCAGCACGGAGACACCAAAGAAGUGCAGAUGUUGCUGAAGGAGCUGAAUUUAGGGUCACACAAGUUUGAGUUCUCCUCAAUGGCCGUGUCUUUGUCUUUCGAGUACAAAGCCAGCCACAGGGAGCUCACCUCCCGCCUGCUGUCUGACCUCUCCGGCAAAAUGCUCUCUGAAAGCGACAUGGCGCGUGCUUUUGACAGAAUGCUCAAAGAGCUGCCUGACCUCAUCCUGGACACACCUGAAGCCCCACAGAUGCUGGGCCAGUUCGUAGCCAGAGCCAUUGCGGACCAUGUUCUCCCAAUGAGUUUCCUCAACCGCUACAAAGGCAAGGUGGACUGUGACCAUGCCAGAGCUGCACUGGACAGAGCAGCUGUCCUCCUCUCCAUGAAGAGGGGAAUUAUGCGGCUAGAUAAUGUGUGGGGAGUGGGAGGUGGCCAGAGACCUGUCAAACAUCUCAUCAAAGAGAUGAACCUGUUGCUGAAGGAGUACCUGAUCUCAGGGGAUGUUCCUGAGGCGGAGCGAUGCCUACGGGACCUGGAGGUCCCACACUUCCACCAUGAACUGGUGUAUGAGGCUGUUGUCAUGGUUCUGGAGUCCAAAGGCGAUAAGGCCAUUAAGAUGAUGGUGAAACUUCUCCAGGCCUUUUGGAAAAUGGGUUUGAUCACACUGGACCAGAUGAAUCGGGGCUUCCAGAGAGUGUACGAUGAACUCCCCGAGAUCAACGUGGAUGUGCCUCAUGCCCACUCCAUCAUGGAGUCGUUCGUGGACCUCUGCUACCAGGAGUCCGUCAUCACCAAACAACUGAGAGAUGCCUGUCCCUCGAGGGGGCGUAAACGCUUUGUGAGUGAGGGCGACGGUGGGCUCGUCAAGAGCUAAACUGGGGGCGGCGAGGUCUGGCAUUCCCACCCCCCCUAGCCUACUCCCCAGGUCCCAGGCUGGGCAGGCCAGAGGUGUCGUCAGACUCCAUUCCCCUGCUCUGCUUGGCCCCGGCCCUCCGUCAUCAACACCGCCACCUCCAUCCACACAGUCGCCCACACUUCCACCUCCAGCACCAUCAGCAGCUGGAGGCAGACCUGAUCAAGGAGAGCCCGUGGUCCCAGAACACCUCUGUUCUCUUCUCUCUGGUGUUGUUCUCAUUCUUUUGGUUUUGUUUAAUUUUGGUUUUCGUUCGGUUUUGGAGAGGGCUUUGUGGGUCCUUUUUCGUUUUUUUUCUCAUUUUUAUUGUUGGGAAUGGGCCCGUGGCUCCCCCUGGCUCAAUGGGUGGGGUUUGUGAGGUGGAGGCGUCUGGAGCGAUUGAGGUUUGGGGGGGGGGGGGGGGGGUGAGGGAUGACUCUGGGCCCUGGUGUAGGGGUUUGAAGGGGUAAGGGUGUUUUCUGGCUUCUGUUUGCUUUGCUACAGUGAUGUGUCCUCUUUGUUUUGUUCUUUACUUCGCAUGUGUAACGCAAAAAAGCACAUAUUUUU